AUGUUUGCAGAAUACGGUGAGCCUCCGGAUAUCUUCACGGCGCAGUUAUCGCCCGAACAGCUGAACCAGUUAUUCAGCAUUCAGUUGUUCGGUACAGAAUUCGUUGCGGUCUGCCAGCAUCUGUUUGGUGCGCGACGCUGUUUAUGGCAUCCUCCGGAUCCCAGUCCACCGUGGCAUGACCGUUUGAAACGAGUUCGUGGCCGAUUCAAUGUGGAAACGCGAAAGCUGGAAAAACAGUUAAGUGAGCUCACCGAUGAAGAUGACUGGCUAAAAGAUCUUUUAAAGGACGAAGUAAGCUUUUCUUUAUUACGAGAUCAUAGUAACCACUUAUCGAAAUGA